GGUCGCUUUCCACCAAGGAUGCAUUACCAGGCCACUCCCGACAGCCGAACUGCCCCUCAUUUUCCAAGGUCCCACCUUGCUGAAGCAGUUGCCAAAGCCAAGGCAGGUGGAGGUGGUGGUGGAAGCACUGGUGGAACUGGGAGAGGUCUUGUGGGGCAGAUUAUCCCUAUAUAUGGAUUUGGCAUCUUCUUAUAUAUCCUGUACAUUUUAUUUAAGCUGGCUUCCAAGGGAAAAGCUACCGCUGGAGAGCGGAAAUGCCCUACUGCUGCGCCUGGAAACAUGAAGAGGAAAAUCACUGACUAUGAGCUCACUCAACUCCAGGAAAAACUGAGAGAGACAGAAGCAGCUAUGGAAAAAUUAAUCAACAGAGUAGGACCAAACUGUGACAGGACCCAAAAUGUUACAACAGAACAGGAAAAAAGGUUACUUCAGCAACUCCGAGAAAUUACUAGAGUUAUGAAAGAAGGAAAAUUCAUAGAUGGCAUCUCUCCUGAGAAGGAAGCUGAAGAAGCUCCCUACAUGGAGGACUGGGAAGGUUACCCAGAAGAGACCUAUCCUGUCUAUGAUAAUUCUGAUUGCUUCAAGCGCAAACAAGACACAAUCCUUGUCGAUUACCCUGAUCUGAGCCAGCCCUCUGCAGAAGAGCUGGCAGAAAGAAUGGAGGGCAUGGAAGAUGAGGAGCAUCUGUGCAAUGAAACCCUGCUAACUGAUCUCACCAUGGGAAGGGGCAGUCAUGAUGUAAUGCAGCAAGAGGACAAGGUAACUGGCAUCAGUGAAGAGGAGAGGGACGUUCAUCACAACCAAAACAUUGAGGAGUGCUGCUGUUGUUAUGAGGAUGAUGAUCCUGCUGUCAUAGCAGAGAAUGCUGGAUUCUACUCUGAGAGCUGCAGUGAAGCAGAAGAGUCGACCCAAGAGGACCUGUCUGUGGAGUCUGAAAAUGAAAACGCAGCACUGAAAAAGCAAAAAGCCAGUGAUUCAGAUGAAACAGGCACACUGAGAAAGCGCAACAUGAAAGGACUUGAGUAAUAGGGACAAUCGUGGAUGUUACCUAGGUGAUGAAGGUAGAGGUCAUAAACUGUCAGUCAUGUGUUUUUUGUUCCCAAUGAAGACUUCUCUGUGUUCAUCUCCUUGUACCAAUAUAAUUCCCAUGGUAACAAUCAUCUACCAGAACUGGAAGCCAAUG